UACCGAGCGUGUUUCCGAAGCGGACCGCCAGCUGUCAAAAAUCCGUUUAUCAAAACUGGACAGAGUUCAACCAGUUUCCCUCGGAAUUGAGAUUGUACAGUGGUUUUAAUUCGCGAAUCUAGUCGUUAUGUGGUUUACGCAACAUUAUUACAGCUAACUUUGCACUGCUUUCACUUUUACAUCGGAUUUCGUCAUCAAACAUGGAGAAAUUUGAAGGCUACAUCUUCACUGCGCUCUGCAGCACCAACUUUUUGAUAUCCUGCCUGCUGUUCUCCAGAGUCACUCGGGAGCAAAGGGAGCCGUACAUGGACGAGAUUUUUCAUGUCCCACAAGCUCAGAAAUACUGCCAUGGAAAAUUCAACGAGUGGGACCCAAUGAUCACCACUCUCCCAGGCCUUUACCUUGUCUCUGUGGGAGUCAUCAAGCCCGUGGUGUGGCUCGCUGACCUGACAGGCGCCGUGGUGUGUUCCACGGCCAUGUUGCGCUUCAUCAACCUGCUGUUCAACUGCGGAAACCUUUACCUGCUCUAUCUGCUCGUCUGCAAACUGCACCUCAGGGAGAAGACGCGAACCACCUCACGCCGAGUCCUCUCAGCGCUGUCUCUGUCCACCUUCCCUGUGCUCUACUUCUUCAACUUCCUCUACUACACGGACGCCGGAUCUACUUUCUUCACCCUCUUCACCUACCUCAUGACGCUCUACGGCUGCCACAAGGCCUCCGCAUUCCUCGGCGUCUGCUCCGUACUCUUCCGCCAGACUAACAUCAUCUGGGUGGCCUUCUGCGCAGGCACGUUGGUGGCCGCCAAAAUGGACGAGGCCUGGAGGGUGGAGCAUACGAAAAAGAGGGAUGACAAGUCUCCUCCUUCCCAGGUCCCUCUGUCAUUCAGUGGAGCUAAGAAAGUGAUUCAUUUCACGCUGGAGUUCCUCACCUCGCCCAGUCAUGUGAAGGCGGUGGUGCUGGUGGCCUGGCCUUACGCAGUGGUCGGCGUGGGCUUCCUGGUGUUCGUGGUGCUGAAUGAUGGAAUAGUGGUGGGUGACAGAACGAGCCACGAGGCCUGCCUCAACUUCCCCCAACUCUUCUAUUUCUUCUCCUUCGCCCUCUUCUUCUCCCUCCCCGUCUCACUUUGUUACUACCGCGUCCUUCGCUUCGUCCAGGCUCUAAAAAAACAGCCUUUGUUCUUCCUCUUCGUCACGGGCGUCUCUUUGCUCCUGGUUUGGAAGUUCACCUUCGUCCACAGGUACCUCCUGGCAGAUAACCGCCAUUUCCCCUUCUACGUGUGGAAAAGGCUUUUCCAGAAGCACGAGCUGGUGCGCUUCCUCCUCGUCCCCGCGUACGUGUUUGCAGGGUGGAAUUUUCUGGACUCCUUCAAGUCGCGCUCACUGUUCUGGAGUCUGGCGUUCCUGGCAUGCCUCCUGGCUGCCACAGUACCGCAGAAGCUGCUGGAGUUCAGGUACUUCAUCGUACCCUACCUGAUGUACCGCCUGCACAUGCCUCUCCCCUCUCUUCCCAGACUCAUUGUGGAGUUUCUUCUGUACACGGUGGUCAAUGCUGCCACACUUUACAUCUUCAUCAGUAAGACCUUCCACUGGCCGGACAGCACAGCCACGCAGAGGUUCAUGUGGUGAAUAAAAGAGAGAAGGGAAGCAUCUGAUAUCAGGAGUUCCUGGACUCCCAACAGGAUGUUGGUAUCAAAAGAUUUUCCCACAGUACAUGUGACAUUUCAGAAAUCAAAGAAAAGCCUCUGUUACAUCUCACUAACAGACAAAAAUGGCUCAUAUUGUCACCUUUUUUGUGCAGUGUAACCAAAUGCUGUUUGGGAUAGUGUUUAGGGAUUGCCAUAGUUUACGCUGAGAAUCAAUAUUGCUAGUUUUAACGUGACAGGUGGCAGUGAACAUCAAAAGCCUUUUAAAUCUUAAUGUUUGAUGUUGAAGGUUUUUAAGGUCGAGUUAUUCUGUACUUUGCUUUCAUUGACAAAGGCUACCAGUCCUGCAGCAGGGCUGUAAAUUUACUGGGAAUCAGUUCACAAUUACAUGAAAAUGACCAAGAGUAUUCAAAGAGAAUUUCAUUUUGUAAAAAUUAUUAGUUUUUGGCUUAGACAGUUCAGUGGUGGUAUCAGUGUUGUAAAAUCAUCUGUACUGGUCAUGUAAGUUUGACAUUUUCUGCAGGUUUCUGGGAAUUGACAAGGCUUUUCUUAUGGCAAACUGUUUUGUACUUUAAAUGUAAAUACUGUAUGCACUUCUAUGAAUCGAUCUUUGGUGAAAUAACUGUUGAGCUGUAAAUAUGAUUGAAGAGACCAAAAAUGACAGCCAUAUUGUAAACUUCAGAAUUUUUAUUGUAUGGGAUGUUUUUGUAAUGACUGAGAUUUUCGCUUUUUGAUGGACACAUUUUGACCCACGGACAACUUUAUAAUUACGGGACUAAAUUGAAGAUACAUAUGCUUUCCAUUUUUACCUUGAUUUUUUACUUUGACCAAGCCAUAAAGAUUUACUGGAGGUGAUUCAGAAAUGUGUCGUUCAUUAUUAAUUUAGAUGUUUUUGUAUUUUUGUUUGUCAUUGAGUUUAUUUUUUUGCACUUCUGCACAUCUUGCCUUCUGUAUGUUUCCCCUUUCUGUUGGCGAUUUUCAUUGUGCCUGAUUUGUGUGCUUGUGUUUUUAUUUUUUUAAUUUCACAUUUAUUUUUCUAUGUAGGUACAUAGAUGUUCCAUAAUUAAUGUCCAUCCAGCUGUAUGCUGCUCCUCUGUUGAUACAAUCUUGUGUAUACCUUUGAAUAAAACAACAUGCUUUCA